CGGGCAGCGGCGGGGACGGUAGGGCCAUGGCCGAGGGUGACGAGAUGCAGACCUUCACUUCCAUCAUGGACGCACUGGUCCGCAUCAGUGUAAGUUGAGGUGGGGUCGAGGGGCAAGGGAGGUCCGGGGCAGGCCGGAACCUGGGACAGGUGUGGAUUUGGAUUCGGGGAGAUGCUGGGAUGUGUGCCGGGUGUCGAAGGGGCUGACGACGCGGAAAUCAGAAAUCCGGGUGCAGGUGUGAGAGUAAUCCCGGGCUGCUCAGAGGCGUCUGUGCCGGGGUGUGAGGAGCUAGGAGCUGCCCAGUCGCGGCGGGUGGGCUGGGAUGGCGGCCAGCUGUGCACCCGGGCUGGGGCUGGGUGGCGGAGGAGGGGGCUCUGCUAGGAAGAGGGGCGUGUGGAGCUUGGAAAAUUAAAAACUCAGGACACGUGGGGGUGCGAUGAAGGAUACUCCCCAGGGUGCUGUCCCCAAUUUGGACCUUCUUGAAGACCCCACCGCACCGCACCCCCACUCGGGGGCCGCCUCGGAGCCCGCGGUUGUCUUGACAACCGGUGCCCGGCUCUCCCAGGGGCGGUGCCAACCUUGCUCCCCCCCACCACUUCCUUCCACCUCCCUCCCUGCCCCUCCCUCCUUUGUGUCAGCUGCGCCCCUGACCGGGAUGGCUGCGAAGAGAGGGAUCAAGACGAGCAUGAAGAACAUGGAGAAGGAACUGCUGUGCCCAGUGUGUCAAGAGAUGUACAAGCAGCCACUGGUGCUGCCUUGUACCCACAACGUCUGCCAGGCCUGUGCCCGGGAGGUGCUGGGCCAGCAGGGCUAUGUGGGCUAUGGUGGGGACCCCAGCUCGGAGCCUACCUCUCCUGCGUCGACCCCGUCCACCCGCAGCCCCCGCCUUUCCCGCAGGACUCUCCCCAAACCAGAUCGCCUGGACCGGCUGCUUAAGUCAGGCUUUGGGACAUACCCGGGGCGGAAGCGAGGCGCUUUGCACCCCCAGGUGAUCGUGUUCCCGUGCCCAGCCUGCCAGGGUGAUGUGGAACUGGGGGAGAGGGGCCUGGCGGGACUCUUCCGGAACCUGACUUUGGAGCGGGUGGUGGAGCGGUACCGGCAGAGUGUGAGUGUGGGCGGUGCCAUCCUGUGCCAACUGUGCAAGCCCCCUCCUCUGGAGGCCACCAAGGGCUGUGCGGAGUGCCGAGCCACCUUCUGCAAUGAGUGCUUCAAGCUCUUCCACCCCUGGGGCACCCAGAAGGCCCAGCAUGAGCCCACCCUGCCCAGCCUCUCCUUCCGCCCCAAGGGCCUGAUGUGCCCAGACCACAAGGAAGAGGUGACCCAUUACUGCAAGACGUGCCAGCGGCUUGUAUGCCAACUCUGCCGCGUGCGGCGUACCCACAGUGGGCACAAGAUCACACCGGUGCUCAGCGCCUAUCAGGCCCUCAAGGACAAGCUGACAAAGAGCCUGACAUACAUCCUGGGAAAUCAGGACACGGUGCAGACCCAGAUCUGUGAGCUAGAGGAGACCGUGAGGCACACAGAGGUGAGUGGCCUGCAGGCCAGGGAAGAGGUAUCCCAGCUGGUGCGGGGGCUGGGGGCUGUGCUGGAGGAGAAGCGGGCAUCACUGCUUCAGGCCAUUGAGGAAUGCCAGCAGGAGCGGCUGGCCCGCCUCAGCGCCCAGAUCCAGGAGCACCGGAGCCUGCUGGAUGGCUCGGGGCUGGUGGGCUACGCCCAGGAGGUCCUUAAGGAAACAGACCAGCCCUGCUUUGUGCAAGCAGCCAAGCAGCUGCACAACAGGAUCGCCCGAGCAACUGAGGUCCUCCAGACCUUCCGGCCAGCGGCCAGUUCCUCCUUCCGCCACUGCCAGCUGGACGUGGCCCGUGAGAUGAAGCUGCUGACGGAGCUUAACUUCCUGCGAGUGCCGGAGGCGCCGGUCAUCGACACCCAGCGCACCUUCGCCUACGACCAGAUCUUCCUGUGCUGGCGGCUGCCCCCUCAUUCGCCGCCUGCCUGGCACUACACCAUUGAGUUCCGGCGCACAGACGUGCCACCCCAGCCGGGUCCCACCCGCUGGCAGCGGCGGGAGGAGGUGAGGGGCACCAGCGCCCUGCUGGAGAACCCCGACACGGGCUCUGUGUACGUGCUGCGCGUCCGCGGCUGCAACAAGGCCGGCUACGGCGAGUACAGCGAGGACGUGCACCUGCACACGCCCCCUGCGCCAGUCCUGCACUUCUUCCUCGAUGGCCGCUGGGGUGCAGGUCGAGAGCGGCUGGCCAUCAGCAAGGACCAGCGCGCGGUGCGGAGCGUCCCUGGGCUGCCCCUGCUGCUGGCGGCCGAGAGGCUGCUGACUGGAUGUCACCUGAGUGUGGAUGUGGUCCUGGGGGACGUGGCCGUGACCCAGGGCCGCAGCUACUGGGCCUGCGCCGUGGACCCAGCUUCCUACUUGGUCAAGGUGGGCGUCGGGCUGGAGAGCAAGCUUCAGGAAAGCUUCCAGGGUGCCCCGGAUGUGAUCAGCCCCAGGUACGACCCGGACAGCGGGCAUGACAGCGGUGCAGAAGAUGCCACCGUGGAGGCGCCGCCCCCCUUUGCCUUCCUGACCAUCGGCAUGGGCAAGAUCCUGCUGGGGGCGGCGGCGGCGAGCGCCAGCGCCGGGCUGACCGGGAGGGACGGCCCCGCGGCCGGCUGCACCGUGCCGCUGCCGCCCCGACUGGGCAUCUGCCUGGACUACGAACGGGGCCGGGUCUCCUUCCUGGACGCAGUGUCCUUCCGCGGGCUCAUGGAGUGCCCCCUGGACUGCUCAGGGCCCGUCUGCCCAGCCUUUUGCUUCAUCGGCGGCGGGGCGGUGCAGCUCCAGGAGCCCGUGGGCACUAAGCCGGAGAGGAAGGUCACCAUUGGCGGCUUCGCCAAGCUGGAUUGACCGCUCUUCGGGGCCCUGGCUCCCCAAGCCUCCUGGUGCCGGCUUAGUCCCCGGCAACGUCGUGCCCCCCAAACUGCCUAAAACGUGGCCCCGACCUGCCCCUGUGUCUGUGUCUCCCCAGGCCCCUCUUCUCUCCAUUGCCUGUUAGCCCUGCCCCUGCCCCAUGCCCAGUCCUUGGCACCUAGGGCACCUAGCCUAAAGGCCCCGAAAGCGUCCCUGCCCAUCCCUGUCCUGUGCUCCUCCGAAGGCUGGCCAGGAGGGAGGGCACCUCAACAUCAGGUGUUAUCUGCAGCUCUGCCCAGCUCCCUGUCCCGGGCAUGCCCAAUGACAUCCAACCUUGGGGUGGACACUGGCCAGGCACCCCCUGGUGAGGGGAGGGGGACCCUGGCACGCUGCUUUACUUGGGUCUUCAUGCCCCCAGCCGCAUGCCCCAUAGGCCCUUCCUCAAUUUCCUGCAUGCUUCACCCAGUCCACACUCAUGCCAAUGUGCCAUGUCUCCCUUGGGGCCCCUUUCUGAGGCUGGAUGUCCCCACUGGGUUGGGCCAGGCAAGGCCUCUGGUGCCCACUGGUGCCCACCCGUGGUGGGUACUGCUAGGCCUGGGCCAAGCAACAGCUGUGAACGUCAUGGUUUAUCAACAAUAAACUGUGGUGCAAGGCACUUUUCUGCCUUCCCUGA